GCGGGGCUGGGAGCUCCCGGAGGCUGCCCCGAUGCCCCUGCACAAGGUCCCCGUCCGCCUGUGGCAGCAGCUCCGGCUGCGGGAGGGCAUCUGCGCGCGCCUGCCCCGCCACUACCUGCGCUCCCUGGAGGAGGCGCGCACGCCCGCUCCCGUGCACUACAGGCCGCACGGGGCCAAGUUCAAGAUCAACCCCAAGAACGGGCAGCGGGAGCGCGUGGAGGACGUGCCCAUUCCGAUUCACUACCCCGCGGAGUCCCAGCGGGGGCUCUGGGGCGGUGAGGGCUGGAUCCUGGGCCACAGAUACGUCAACAACGACAAGCUCUCGAAGAGGGUAAAGAAGGUGUGGAAGCCACAGCUGUUCCAGCGCGAGCUCUACAGUGAGAUCCUGGACACAAAGUUCACCGUGACCGUGACCAUGCGGACCCUGGACCUCAUCGAUGAGGCCUAUGGGUUUGACUUCUACAUCCUCAAGACCCCGAAGGAAGAUUUGUGCUCCAAGUUCGGGAUGGACCUGAAGCGAGGGAUGCUGCUGCGGCUUGCCCGACGGGACCCUCAGCUGCACCCGGACGACCCUGAGAGGAGGGCGGCCAUCUACGACAAGUACAAGGAGUUUGUCGUCCAGGAGGCGGAGGCCGAGUGGGUCGGCCUGACGCUGGAGGAGGCUGUGGAGAAGCAGAGGCUUCUGGAGGAGAAGGACCCUGUCCCUCUGUUCAAGGUCUUCGUGGAGUUGCUGAUCAAGCGGCUUCAGCAGGAGGCACUGUCUGAGCCGGUGGUGGUGCGAAGAGACCAGCGAGAAGUGACCGCGUAGUGCCCCAGGCCUGAUGGCCAGGCUCAGCCCAGCCCCUUGCCCUUUGGCACCGUGGACACAGAGCCUGUGGUGGUGGCAUUGGCCACUCGUGGGCAGUGGGUGAACCUGUUAUUGUGUGUGCUGGCCGUGCAGCUCCUGGGGUGGGGAGGGCUUUGUGGAGGUCCCUGGGGGCCUCUUGUCUCAGCAUCCCUAGAUCCCUGGGGCCUCCUUGCUGCCUCUGUGGUCCAUGCUCCGUCCUGCAGCGGAGGCCCCGCUGAGGUGGGGUCACACACUCUGGGGGCAGCUCGAGUAAAGUCUGAGCAGGGC